CGCAUUUUUCGUCACUGAAUUCUCCCGGGAAGCAAACAAACAACAAAAACUCUGCCUCACAUAAACACACUUCUGCAUCUGAGCAAGGAUUUACUUAUUUUAAUGGCGAACUGCACUUGCCAUGCGCUUCGCUCGAGCCAUAAUAUCGGCAAUCUUUUGGUUUUUUCAUUCAAUUUCACUAGUCGACGAAUUCGAAACUGCAAUUUCUCACUUCGGAAUUGCAUGGUGACCCCAAAUGAAUCUCGCAAGCUAGUUUUGGAAGUUAAGAAGAAGCUUGAAAAGGAAUACAACAGUCUUCCAGUGGGAAAAAAUGGAAGAGAUGAUGAAGAAAUGAUCCUUUGGUUUUUGAAGGACAGGAAGUUCUCUGUUGAGGAAGCUGUUGCAAAAUUGACUAAAGCCAUUAAAUGGCUAAUAGUUGAUCUCCGAGGAUUUGGCAUGCAGAACGCAGAUACAAAGUUCAUAACCUUUCUGUUUGAUGUAUUUUACUAUUACUAUCCAAAGCGGUUGGAUCAAGUCCUCCUUGUGGAUGCUUCAUUUAUAUUUAAGCCAAUUUGGCAGUUAGUCAAGCCAUUAUUAAAGUCCUAUGCAUCUCUGGUAAGAUUCUGCUCGGCAGAGGACGUUAGAAGGGAGUAUUUCACCGAAGGAACCUUGCCAGUCAUCUUUAGAGGCUGAAUGUAUAUCAAUCAGAGAAUACCAAUGUGAAUUGGUGGAAGUAUAAGCUUUUCAAGGCAAAGACGGGUGGAAAACUUCAAAUUGUUUGAUUUGAUAGUUGUAAAGGUUAACACAAAUAUAAAUGAUCUCAAAUUGUAUCAUUUGAUACUUCACCUUGGUAAACCAUUUAGUUGGUUUAGGUUGGCCGACAUUUCUCAAGACUGAAUGAACCAAAUGCACAUCAUCUCAA